UAGGCUGCAGCGCACCCACAGGUCUGAUCCAGCUACAACCUUCAACUGCCAGAAUGUCUAAGAAAAUUCAGGGUGGCUCUGUGGUGGAGAUGCAAGGAGACGAGAUGACUCGAGUCAUCUGGGACCUCAUUAAAGAUAAGCUCAUUUUGCCCUACGUAGAGCUGGAUCUACAUAGCUAUGAUUUGGGAAUUGAAAACCGUGAUGCCACCAAUGAUAAGGUCACAGUGGAAGCAGCAGAGGCUAUCAAGAAGUAUAAUGUUGGCAUCAAGUGUGCCACUAUUACUCCGGAUGAGAAUAGAGUGGAGGAAUUCAACUUGAAAGAGAUGUGGAAAUCUCCAAAUGGAACCAUUAGAAAUAUCCUUGGAGGCACAGUGUUCAGAGAGGCUAUCAUAUGCAAGAACAUUCCUAGACUUGUUUCCGGAUGGGUGAAGCCCAUCAUCAUUGGACGUCAUGCCUAUGGUGACCAGUAUAGAGCAACAGAUUUUGUGGUUCCUGGGCCAGGCACUGUAGAAAUCUCAUUCACACCUAAAGAUGGAGGUGAACCUAUUAAAUAUGUGGUCAAUAAAUUUGAAGACUGUGGAGGUGUUGCUCUUGGAAUGUUCAACACUGAUCAAUCGAUCAGAGACUUUGCUCAUAGCUCCUUCCAGAUGGCUUUGGCUAAAAGCUGGCCUCUUUAUAUGAGCACUAAGAACACCAUUCUCAAGAGAUAUGAUGGACGCUUCAAGGAUAUUUUCCAGGAAAUCUAUGAAAGGGAAUACAAGUCUGCCUUUGAAGAUAAAAAGAUCUGGUAUGAACACAGGCUCAUUGAUGACAUGGUAGCCCAGGCUAUGAAAUCUGAGGGAGGCUUUAUCUGGGCAUGUAAAAACUACGACGGUGAUGUACAGUCGGACUCUGUUGCACAAGGAUACGGCUCUCUGGGCAUGAUGACCAGUGUGUUAAUUUGCCCUGAUGGGAAAACUGUAGAGGCUGAAGCUGCCCAUGGUACUGUAACUCGUCACUACAGGAUGCAUCAGAAAGGACAGGAAACCUCCACUAAUCCCAUUGCUUCCAUCUUUGCAUGGACUCGAGGAUUAGACCACAGAGCAAAGCUGGACAACAACCCUGAACUUAAGAACUUUGCUACAGCCUUAGAGGAGGUCUGUGUGGAGACCAUUGAGGCUGGAUUUAUGACCAAGGACCUUGCAGCUUGCAUUAAAAGCUUACCAAAUGUACAAAGAUCGGAUUACUUGAACACAUUUGAAUUCCUGGACAAACUGGCAGACAAUUUGAAGCUGAAACUUGCCGCUCAACCCAAGCUGUAAACAAAGUGUUUUUAGAAAAGAAAAAUAAAUAAUCUCAGGUUUUCUGCUAUUACUUUUGGUUUACAGAGUCCAAACGGACAUUUUAUUCCCAAGUCAUGAUACAAUGCACUAGUUCUGCUUUGUAUUUAGUUAUUUUUUUUAUUUUUGGUUUUAUCCAAACUUCAUCUUGAUUUCCAUGCCUAGCGAUUGUAAAAUGAGAAGUUGGUCAGUAAUCACUGUGAAUUUCUUCUGACUGCAUUAGUAUGGAUAACAGUUUAGAUAUGCAGUGCCCCAGGCAACAUUAUAGACAUGUUAAAAUGCAAACAGGCAUUCAUUUGACUAGAAUUGAAAAAAAACAUUAACACUAAUGUUAUCAUCCAAAAAAGAAAUUGCACUAAUCAUGCAUUUUUUUUUUUUUUUUUGAGAACAGUGAUGUAUACGGUCCUAUGUUUGCUACGUGCGCUCUCCCUAGAGUUUGCCAUGGUUGAUUAUUAUGGUGCUAGAUGAGACGUCCCUGGAUGUGAAUGUGUUACAUGCAUUCACCUUUUAUACAUAUAUACCAUAUCAUGUUCUUCUAACAGCAGUUUUAACUGAAGUACUGGCAUAGAGCAUUAGAAAAGAUGCAAUUAAUGUCUAAUGAACUGGUCUAAAAAUGUUUACCAAAUGUUGCAUAACUUGAGGUGGAUUAUCUAGAAAACUUAAAAGUAUUCUAAAAUAACACAAUUGUCAUUGUGUCUCGGCUCAAUAGAUUUUAAAUAAAGAUUCUGUUCUCGUAGGAACACAGGCAUUAAUAUGAUCUUCUUUCAUUGCAUCACAUGCCUACAAGCAAGAGUUAACCUGGUCUGACAAAAAUGUGCAAAACAAUGUGAUUAUUAAAAAUAAUAAGUAGAGAAGGUGGGACAGCACCUUUACACAAGGCCAUACAAGCCUACCACUCCAUAAUGUCUUCAGCUUCAAAAACGUUGUCACUUAAGACACCACCAUUCUGACUUUUGUUCGGUCCAUCUGCAAUGAUCCUGUAAUGUACUUUUACUGAGACACUAUAACACACAGACAGUAUGGCUAUAUUUCAAAACAAGUGUCUUAUGGGUUGAGCUUUCAGAUCUGUCCUUGAUCUUGAAUGGAACGCACAGAAACCAUGGUCUGUAAUGCUACUGUGAUCUGCGGAUUAGACUUUGUCUCUUCAAAACAAACCAUAAUUGUUUAAAACUGUACUAGUCAUAACAAAUUGUCUGUAUUUACAGAAAUCUGUUAUAUUUUUAAUAAAUCAUAAUUUCAUGAUGAA